AUGUCUAAUGACAUUCAACACUUGAAACAGACUGUAUCCACCUUAGAGAAGAUGGAUCUGGAGAAUUUUGUCCAACUCCAAAGAAUGGAGUCCACACUAGAUGAGCUAAAGGAAUUAAUACGAGGGGAAAACCUCUUCAAGACUUUGUUAAAAAAAUGUACGGUUUUACGUACAAGGCACUUGUUUGGGCCUGACUUGCCAAUUUUAUGGGCCUAUGACUGA